AUGGUGAUGGGAAAUGAAGUGUCAAACAUACUGGAAUGGAGGAUAAAUGUACCUGAUGGAACAUUAGAGAUAUUGCAGCCUGAACAUACUGGAAUGGAGGAUAAAUUCCACAGAAUCUGGCUGGGGUUAAAGGGUCUUCUAGGAGAAUUCAUAUUGAAAAUUUGGAAGUUUUUGGAGAAGGCUAGGAACAUAGCAGUUGCUGAGCCUAAAAAGGUUAUUCAUUGUCUCAAAGUAGGGAUGGAACUUUCUAUUGUGUCGCUCUUCUACUAUAUGAGGCCUUUAUAUGAAGGUGUUAGGGAGUGCUGUGUGGGUGAUAAUGACAGCUGUGUUGCUCGUUAUAUUGCUGGUGCAACAUUAUAUAAAUGUAUUAGCAGAGGAAUAGGCACUUUUCUUGCUGGAUCACUUGGCGUUGGUGUUCAUUGGGCUGCAAAUCACUCUGGAGUUGAGCCCAUAAUUCUUGGAAUCUCAGUUUUCCUUCUUGGUUAUCGCGAGGAUAAGGUGAUUGAUAUUGCACACCAAAGGUUAUCCGCAAUUGCCAUUGGGGCCUCUCUUUGCAUUCUCAUAAGCAUGCUAUUCUAUCCCAUCUGGGCUGGCGAAGAGCUUCACAAUUUGAUUCAUCGUAACCUGGAAAAGCUUGCUGAUGCUUUAGAUGGAUGUAUUGCCGGGUACUUCACAGGCAGCAGUGAUGGUGAUUCUUGCAAGAAAAUGGAAGGCUAUAAAUUCGUUCUUAAUUCAAAGGCAGCUGAAGAUUCUAUGGCUGGCUUCACAAUAUGGGAACCUGCACAUGGUCGUUUCAACUUCCGGCAUCCAUGGAACCAGUACCUAAAGGCACCUGAGCAUCUAAAGAGGUAUCUCAGUGAUGUCUCCAACACAUUGAGCUCCUAUGCUUCACAUGUCUUGAAAGAAUUGGCUGUUGCAGAAUCUCUUCCUAACCACCUUGUUGCUGCACCAUCCUCAACAUCGGAUGGAGAUGCCACAGUAGAGCCUAUCAGAGCUGCACCAUCUGUCAUGGAGAUUCUUGGACUAGCAACAUUAGUACCUAUGCUAACAGAAACAGCAGCAAGAAUCGAAGAAGUUGCUGAUGAAGUCAAUGAACUUGCAAAGCUUGCAGAUUUAAAGCCUCCUACCAGCAAAAAGGCUAACCAAAGCCAACCCCGUAACAAAGUUGAUGAGAUGAUCAACCAAUGA